AAUACGCUGAAUACAUUUCUAAUAUACUCUCUCUCUCUACUUACUUGCUCUGACUUCUCUCUAGUUAUUCCCCGUAAUAACCCCUCGGAUAAGCUACCCCCGGGUAUACUAUCCAUCACCAGGUCACACAGGAGAAUGACUAAAUCGCUCAUGAAGUCAGUUAGCGGUUCAUCUUCUUGGACAUGUAACUCAAGCAGAGUAGAAAUUGGGCGUACCUGUCAUCACAAAAUUGAGGCGAAGCUACGAACGGUAAAGAGCGGUCCGAACUUGGGACGGAGAUUCCAUGGCUGCUCGCUAUGGCCAAAUUCAGAUUGUGGUUUCUUUCAAUGGUGUAAUGACAAUGACAUCCAAGAUAAUGUGCACAAAAUGAAGAACAAAGACCUGUUAAUUGAUCAGUUGUUGGCCGAAAACAGAGCAUUGGAGGAAAAGGUGCAAAAGUUGAAGAAAAAGAAAAAAGAGUUAGCUGCUAUGAUAACUGGGUCUAGUUUGGUGGCUUGCAAAAGUUGCAGAGGAGAAACAUUUGCUAUUAUGGUUGUAGUUGCUUCUUUGAUUGUAUUUGGGAUUGUUAGUUUUUUGAAGUAAUGUAAUAGUUAUCACAAGUUGUUAUUUGAUGUAAUGGUAUUUAAGUUACAUGUAAUUGAAUGGAAUGUUCUAUGUUCCAUCUUCCAUUUUGGGAUCUUAAACAUUUCUGCCUAAUGUAAUGCUUAAGAGCUGCUAGGAAGACCUUCCACAAGUCAUUGACAAACUA